UUCCUCUUCCUGUCUGCAGACGUGUCUCUAAGCGGCAGUGACUAAUUCCGAGCAUCCAUAGACUGCAGCAGCUGGCAGUGCCAUGGCUACUGACAGUGUGGUAGAGGGGCUGCGGGCCAGGGUCCGGGAGCUAGAAGAGGAGCUGAACAGGGUCAGGAGGCAUGAAACCCACAGAGCUAAGAUUGAGAAGAUGAGUGCGGAGGUGGUGGACUCUAACCCGUACAGCCGCUUGAUGGCUUUGAAGCGAAUGGGAAUUGUCCAAGAUUACGAGAAAAUCCGUACAUAUACGGUGGCAGUAGUGGGAGUCGGUGGUGUCGGCAGCGUCACAGCAGAAAUGCUGACAAGAUGUGGAAUUGGUAAGCUGCUGCUGUUUGACUAUGAUAAGGUGGAGUUGGCCAAUAUGAACAGACUCUUCUUCCAGCCACAUCAGGCUGGGCUUAGCAAAGUGGAGGCAGCUGAGCACACACUGAGGAAUAUAAAUCCUGACGUCCAGUUUGAAGUUCAUAACUAUAACAUCACAACCAUAGACAACUUUCAGCACUUCAUGGAUAGAAUAAGCAAAGGGGGAUUACAAGAAGGAGAACCAGUAGACCUUGUACUUAGCUGUGUCGACAACUUUGAAGCACGCAUGGCAAUUAACACUGCUUGCAAUGAACUUGGACAGAUCUGGAUGGAGUCUGGAGUCAGUGAGAAUGCAGUGUCUGGACACAUUCAGCUUAUUAAACCUGGGGAAACAGCCUGCUUUGCGUGUGCACCACCUCUAGUGGUCGCAGCAAACAUUGAUGAAAAGACAUUGAAACGAGAAGGCGUUUGUGCUGCCAGUCUUCCCACCACCAUGGGAGUUGUCGCAGGAAUACUUGUACAGAACGUACUCAAAUUUCUGUUACAUUUUGGCACGGUCAGUUAUUACCUAGGAUACAAUGCAAUGCAGGAUUUUUUCCCUACAAUGGCUUUGAAGCCCAACCCAUCAUGUGAUGAUAAAUAUUGCAGACAACAACAGGAGGCAUACAAGCUCCGAGAGGCUUCAGAACCAAAGCCUGAGGUGGUAGCUGUAGAAGAAUCGCCAGUUGUGCACGAGGAGAAUGAAUGGGGCAUUGAACUGGUGUCUGAGAUUUCUGAAGAAGAGUUAAAAGAGGCUUCUGGACCAGUCCCUGAGCUGCCAGAGGGGAUUACUGUGGCAUAUACAAUUCCUAUAACGAAACCCACAUCAGGCGCUACAGUGGAGGACACAGAUCAGAGCCUGGAGGAUCUCAUGGCACAAAUGAAAAAGAUGUAGUACAUCUAAUGGUUAUAGUUCCCAAUUGCUACGAGUCAUGUCUAUCAUUCCCAUGUGUCCUAGUGUAAUGCCGCCUCCUAGUUCUGCUUUCCUCUUCUGUCAUCGAACUAAAGGAGUUAGUCCUCCGUCAGGUCGUACUUACACUGUACUAAUAAAUUAAGCAUUAUUUAAAUAUA